AUGUCUCCGGUGACUCCUACCGAAAAGUCACCGGAUGAAAAUGGCUCUCGUCGUGGUGAAAUACCUCCCGACCAGAGUAGAGUGAUAGAUGCGCAACCUAGGGGCGAUGAUUCUGACUUCCCCGCUGGAGGGAGCGAUAUCCCUUCAUCUCUCAAUUGCGGUGAAGCCGAAUCCGCCAUAGGCAUUGCUCGAAGAAUCUGUCAGCUUGGCAGCCAUACCAUUGAUGAACAAACCACAUCCGCCAUACCCGGCUACCAGGCCAGCACAGGUGGCUCCAUGGCAAAUCCAGCAAUGGGUCAGCGCAUUCCGAUAUCUUCCAUCUUGCGCCAGCCUUUCCCUCCAAUGGAGCAUGUAUACAGUCUGUUGGAAGAUUAUUUUGAUGCCGUACACUGGUUUUCUCUCGCCAUUUACGAGACAAAAUUCAGAAAGAGCCUCCUUUCUAUCGCGGAUGGUUCUGCACACCCCUCGCAACGACCGUUUCUCGUACUGUUAGCCAUGAUGCUUGCAAUGGCAUCGUGGUACCGAUCCCAGAGGGGUUGCACCGAUCCCUCCGACAACAGCAAUGAUAUGAAGAAAUUGAGUGCAGACUUGUUGGGGCUGGUUGAAUCAAACCUAGUGGAAUUGAUGGAUCAACCUUCAGUCACCUCGGCCCAGACCUGCAUCCUCUUAGGAUCACAUCACGUCUACCACGGCCGUCCAAAUCUCUCCUUUUCUUUAUUAGGAGCGACUAUAAAAAUGGCCCAGUCUUUAGGAAUGCAUCGGGGACUUCAAAGGGGGGAUUUCGAAGAUAUUGAGGAAAGGAAAAGAGUCUGGUGGACGAUUUACACAUGGGACAGGUUUGCGUCAAUUACCUAUGGCCGGCCCUUGGGUAUCAACGACAAGGAUUGCAAUCUUGACAUGCCAGCGGAUGUGUUUGAGAACCCGAAUUUUGUUGCCCCAGCCUCCGGGGAGGCGAGCCCCAUAUGCUAUUCAACUUACCAGAGGGAGCUGAACCAGCUCUACUUGAUUGCAUCGCCUGCUCUUAAGACUGUUUUCGGCUCCCGUACUCUCAGGACGUCCGAACAGCUAAAUGGUGACACAUAUUUUACACUAGUCAGGCACGUCACUGAGAACCUCCAAAAAUGGCGAUCCUGCCUACCGAGCCAUUUGGCUUUGGAUCUUAAUCGGGACUUCGAUCCCGAUAAUAGGCCAAGCUUGAGGGCAUACGCUCUACAGUCGCUGUCACUACAAUUGACUUACGACAAUGUUCUCAUUGUACUGCAUCGACCUUUGUUGGCACGGCAAGUUGAUCAUCUCUAUACCGUGAACAAGCAAUCACCAGAGGAAGGCAGAGCAGAUAACAUAAUUUAUAAUCCGACCACUGCUCCCUCCGUUCCUCAGUCGCACUUAUCUCCCGACUCCGCAUUUCCCAAUACCCAGACCACAAGUUCGGAUCUAUGGAUGAAUGCCGCAACAAGAACAUCGAGGGUGACAGAACUACCGGCUCUCGCCCAGCUCGCCACCGACAGUCAUCUCUGCGCAUUUCUUGCCAUCAACCUUUUUAAUGCCGCGAUUGUGUUAGCUGUGAUGGCUCUCUCGGAGCCUCUUUCCGAUACCGCGCAGGAAGUGAAGCGAACGAUUACUCGCAUUCUUCGUCUGGAAGAUCUGCUCGGAAGACGGUCUGCACUGUCGAAGCAGAGCACGGCUGUGCUGAAGAAUGUUGUCAUCAUGCUCCUCCGUCGUGAAUCAACUGCCAUGCUUGCCCCCAUUACCGCAACAAGUCAAGUAAUGGGUCACCAGCCUUUACAAACCCUGGCGGAUCCGUCAUUGAUUUCUGUUGAAGAUACGCUUCGGAUGCCGCUCGAUGCGACAUGGGAUUCUCGCAAUCCUCUUGCUAGAGACCAACGUCUGCCGGACCUCAGCAGAGCUGACCGUCUGAAUAAUAGCUUGACAUCUGUCCAAUAUGCCUUGGGUCCAGGGGAUCGCUCUGCUGGCAUUCCUACUGGCGGAGAUAACAUUCAACUUGGUGAAUUUGUUGAGCCAGGCAUACAGACACACGAAACAUGGCAGCUGCCAGCAGAAUAUGAUUGGAACAUGCCUGGUCUAUCUCGGGAACCUGUCGAAAACAAUCACCAGGAUAGUGUUGAAGGCGGGUUGUAUUGGUUAUGGGACAUGACGUGGAAUGAAGUUGGAGGGUAA